AUUGUUCUAUCUCUGUGUAGCAGCGGCUAUCUGGAACGAAGCAAAGCAGCCCCGGCUUUUUAGACUGGGAAUCAGCUGGCUAGCUAAUGGCUAUGCUUCAAUCAGAAUGAUAUCGCAGCGGGAACGAGGAGAACUCGCACGUUUUUAUACUGUUACGGACCCUAAAAAGCAUAAGAAAGGCUAUACAGUGUACAAAGUCACUGCAAGGAUCAUCUCCAGAAAGAACCCGGAGGACGUCCAAGAGAUCACGGUGUGGAAGAGGUACAGUGAUUUCCGGAAACUUCAUCACGACCUCUGGCAGCUACACAGGAAUCUCUUCAGCCAAUCAGAGCUCUUCCCACCCUUCGCCAAGGCCAAAGUGUUUGGUCGUUUUGAUGAGACGGUGAUUGAGGAGAGGAGGCAGUGCUCAGAAGAUCUGCUCCAGUUCUCUGCUAACAUCCCAGCCCUCUACAGCAGCCAGCACAUUCAGGACUUCUUCAAGGGAGGGGAGGUCAGCGACGGCUCAGAGCUUAUUGGACCGGCCGAACCCUUCUUGGACUUCCUGGCUGACAGCCUAUCAGACUGCGGCUCUGAAGUUCAGAGGGAUCUCGGUGGAGUAGAUGAUUUGACCAUUACCAGUCAGUCUGAAUAUGGAGGUCCGUCCAGUGACAGUGACCUGACUUCCCUGGCCGUAGACAUAGACUCUUUGGCUGAGCUGGACGAUGGCAUGGCCUCUGGCCGUAGCUCGCCCAACCAGCCACUGGGAGGCUCCAGCACCAUCACCAGUACCCACAGCAGCCCCUCUCUGCCCCCCCUGUAUGACUACCAGCAGCACCACCAUCAGCAGCACACCUCGAAUCCAGCCCCCGGCUCCCCAGCCCCCGAGGUCAGCCGAACCAGCAGGACAGCGCUGUUCCCCUCCAGUCUGAGGAGAGGUAACGCUAACGCCAGGGAAACCAAGAGAGACUACCUGGACAGGGCUAGCGAACACAUCCGAUUGGCUGUGCAGAAGGAAGCAGAGCAGGACUACCAAUCAGCGUUCUCCUACUACAGGAGCGGGGUGGAUUUGCUUCUGCAAGGGGUGCAAGGCGAGCCCAGCCCUACGAGGCGGGAGGCUGUGAAGAGAAGGACGGCUGAGUAUCUGAUGCGUGCUGAGCAGAUAUCCAAUCAGCAUCUGAGAAACAGCAUGGGUCAAGGGUCAACACAGACAGUGGCCAUGGGGGCACAAUGUUCUACCGCCACAUGCAGAGGGGGUCAGCAGAGUCCAGCCGAGGAGCUCAGGGCCUACAUGGUGCUGGGGGUCAUCGAUAAGGUUCUUCUGGUUAUGGACAAGAGAACCCAGGAGACCUUUAUUUUGAAAGGCUUGAGGAAGAGCAGUGACUGUGGGAGACCCAAGCGGACCAUCAUGCCUCACUCUGUACCCCACAUGGUGCGGCUGAGGAAGUUCAUUGUCUCAGAGGACACUGUGUUUCUUCUGCUACAUUACGCUGAGGGUGGGAAGCUGUGGUCUCACAUUGGGAAGUUCCUGCGUAACUCCAGCCCGGAGGACAGCUUCGACAUUCCCUUCAUUCAGAAAAGCCACACUACGGCAGUCUACUCUGCCCAACAUGCUGCUCCCAAGCUGGGCUUGGACUCUGGCAGCUCUGGGUCUGGGCCUGGAGCUGGGUCUGGUUCUGGAUGUGUGCUCCAGAGGCAAGAGGAGUCUUCUCUUGUCCUCCCCCAGAAGAGUGCUCUGCCUCCUGGACUGGCUGACCGCCUUAGGCCCCAGCCGGACUCUGGAGCGACCUCUGAGUUAGAGGAGUGCACCGACAGUUAUCUGAAUCUCUGUAAUGAGUACGAGCAAGAAAAGGUAGAACCAGAAGCUCUAGGAGAGGGGGAAGAGAAGGAGGGAGAGGGGUGUGUGUCGAGAGGACAGGAAGCAUCGUCGCUGGAUGUCACCGUCACCACGACGACCACUUCCUCCAGGACUCGCUCACUGCUUAGCAACGACAGCCUCUGCUCUCCAAUCAGCGCCCAGGAGCUGCGUUUCUUUACUCAGACGGCCGGGGAUCACAACAACGGGCGUUGCCAGGAAAUCGGGCAGGACCACGGCGAGGUGUUCAGCCCCUUGCUCUCCCCCGCCGUUCCCCUCUCGUUGGACCAGUCCAAACGCACCCCCAUGGAGUUCUUCCGUAUCGAUAGUAAGGACAGUGCUAGCGAGGUGACGUGGUGUCCUGACUCGGCCGAGCUGAGGCCCAAACCAGACCCUUCCAAGCCACUCCCCUUCCUGUCCACCUCUGACCUGGGCUCUGAAGUCACAGACCUGUCGGACUUUGUGGAGGAGGUGAAAGGUCAUGGAGGUGGGUCUGACUGGUGGGGUCUGGAUGGUAGUGACCAGGGCUCUAAUGAAUCGGUACCAGUCAUCUCCUUUAAAGAGGCAGUGGUGGAGGACGAGGGUCGACCCCCUGACCUCCUGGUCAACCUGCCUGGGGUCAUGGGUGGGGAGGGGUUGGUGGGGGUAACUGGGGAAGUGGAGGCCCUACAGGAGGAGCUGGUGUCCUCGGGGGUGUGUCUGGCCCAGGAGGCCAAAACCUCCCCUAAGUUGACCCAGCCGGACGUGCUGCAGCUCCACCAUGAACUUGAGGAGGGGGAGGAGCUGGCUGUGGUGCGGGCCCUCCCCUCGAGGGACAAACACACCACCUCUUCCUCUCCCUGCGCCUCCCUGGGGGACGACUGUGGCCUGGCCUUCGGACAAGAUUCCAAAAUGGCUUCCGGAGCUCCCGUACUCCCGAAUAAGGACUUCCUCCCUGCCAGCGCUGUGUCUAUAGCCCCGCUCUCUUCCUCCAUCACAGACAUUCCAUUCGCUGACUCACUUAGCUCACUUCCUGAAAGAUUAGAAGCCAUUUUGAACCCACAGGUACACCCUGACAGUUUGGUUCUUAACCCAGACGGGACGAUAGCUGGCUCCAACUGUGGUCAGGAUGGGACAGGAGCCAGCUCUGGGGCAGAGAGUGCACUAGGCGUUGAGUCCCAGUUCCAGGCCUGUAAGGCUGGUGUGUUUGGUGUGGAGGACAUGGUAGAGUCAGAUAAGGAUGUGUCUCGGCUGUUUGCAGAGCUUGACCAGUUGUCUGCUGUAGCGUCCCAGGCCAGGAUUCCAGAGGAGUUUGUGAGGUGCUGGGCGGUGGACAUGGUCUCUGCCUUGGACUCACUCCAUCAGGAGGGCAUCGUCUGUAAGGACCUCAACCCCAACAACAUCCUCAUCAACAGCAAAGGCCAUGUUGAGCUGACGUAUUUCUGCAGCUGGAGUGACGUGGAGGACUCCUACGACAGGGAGGCCAUCGCUAACAUGUACAGUGCACCAGAGGUGGGCGGUAUAAGCGAGGAGACGGCAGCGUGUGAUUGGUGGAGUUUGGGAGCCAUCUUGUUUGAGCUGCUCAUAGGCAAGUCUCUGCUGCAGUGCCACCCAGCUGGUAUCAGUCGCCACACGGCCCUCAACGUCCCUGAGUUUGUAUCUGAGGAGGCUAUGUCGCUACUGGUGGAGCUUCUCCAGUUCAACCCCAUAGAGAGGCUGGGGGCGGGGGUGGCAGGAGCAGAGGACAUCAAAUCACAUCCCUUCUUUGGCCGAGUGGACUGGCCCAAAUAAGCCCAGUGCAUUGUGGGACGGUGGACGGUGGUCAGAAAUGAAUGCUGUUGGCGGAUCGAGCUGCUGACAGGGUGGGCACACACACACACACACACACACACACACACACACACACACACACACACACACACACACACACACACACACGUACACCCAGACAUGGCCAGUGUCAACAAGUGAACUCUUGUUGGGGAGUUGGUCAAAUCGUCUACACACCUACCUUGUACAUGUUACUCUCACUGACGUUCUCUUUUUCCUCAUGUUGAGCAGCUUAGACUGUUGAGACAUGAUGCAUGUGGUGCAAUAAACUAACUAGUGCUUUUAUGGAAGGGUGGUUCACAAAGUCAAUGAAACGUUUUAUUAUUUCAACAAGACAACCAACGGUCUUCUGACAUUUCACAGUCCAUGUACGUUCCCCUGUAUUGAUAGGUUGCAUACUGUUUUCUCCGACCUAAAAUUGUAGAUGCCCUCCUCUUGGCCGCAGAGCCAGAAUGUUGCUGUUUUAAACCUUAAUAUCCUGCAAUUCUACACUUUGCCAUGGGGCGAACUGAAAAUGUUACUGUUUUAAAGCUAAUUCCCUGCAAUUCUACACUUUUACUACAAUUCUACACAUAAUUCAACACAUUUUGCUGUGGGGCGGUGAGAACAUUUUUUACUUUUAAAGCUAGUUUCCUGCAAUUCUACACAUUUUGUCAUAGCAUAAGAACACGGCAUAAGCCAUUUGAGUGACUCAAACAUAACAUCUAUGGGGCCCCAUGCCAUUUUUUGACUUUUAGAUUCUCCCGGACUGUCUAGUUUUUGUUUUGGUGAUUGUUAGUUCUCAAAGAUGAUCUUAUUUUAAAAUAUAUAGCUCUUAGCUUUUCUACCUACUUUUAUAUCUGGUUUUAGUCAUUUCCGUUUACACUGAAAACAUUUUAUCCUGAAAGUUAUUUGAAUUUUUGCAUAAAAAAAAAAACUACAUAUUUUUGGGAGUUUUGACAACGAUUGGCCACUGCUAGAUGAAUAUAGGGGAAACACUGGCAUUGUACACGGGAGAUGCAUUGUAUAACAUUUGCCAUGGUUGAAUGAAGGGUGAAUAUUGGUUGGAUUAUGGUUGAGUAAUGUUUUUGUAGGGUUGUCUGAAUGAUAUAGUCGAAGGUGCGUUUUUUUUUUUAGCCAGAGAAACCCUCUACUGUACAUCAGUGUUCUUCUGUGCAUUUGAUAAUAUAUUAUAUAUCAUAUUUAAUGAAAAGACAACUAUUAUAGAUUCAAUAAUUGAUGUUCAUGCAUUGAUCUCGUCAUGUCCAUUGUCAUGUAGCCUAAAACUCCCCAUCUGUGUGUUGUCAAGGUAACUUGUAAUGUCAUUUAUAUUCAUCUGUCUCACACCCAAUCCUCAUUGGUGUCCACUUCUACUCUGACCAAUACCUACUAUUUUCAAUCACUCACUGCCUCUACACAAUUUUUUUUACAAUGAAUGUAGAGCUCCCAUCGGAUGACCUGACAGACUCCGCCUAUUACAAGUCCCACUGUAUGCUGCCUUCCUUGUUAAAAUGGCAGAACACUGUCACCCCCAAUGUAACUCCUGCGCAUCACAUACUGCCUCCUGCGCAUCACAUACUGCCUGUAACUAACCACAGAUCUAGGAUCAGCUUACACUAACCCAAUAUAACCAUAAACUACUCCGAGGAAAAACUGACUAUAGACCAGUACUUGGACACCUUGAUGAUUUGAAAAUCCCUAUUCAAACCUGAUUGAUUCCUCUAUUUUGUUCUGGCUCUCUGGUUAAUUGAUUGACUAACGGCAUGGCAUGGACCUAGCAGUUAGCCGUACACUUAGUCACUAUCCAUGUCCUACAAUGACCUAUUCUCUGAGAUGCCAAACACUACCAGUGAGAGAUGUAUGUAUGCCUACAAUAGUUGGUUUUGUAUGUUUCUUACUGUAUCUAGCUAUUCUCACUUACACAUGUUUUAUGUAUUAGUCUGUCUUCUCUGGAAUACAACUUAAUAAACACACAUCUGGAUCAUC